AUGGGGGCAAAAUUUGCUCCAUCAUACGCCAUCAUCUUUAUGGGGUGGUGGGAGCUGUCCCACAUUUUUGCAGAUAAUAAUCUUUACAGACCUAUGAUUCGUUUAUACAGACGCUACAUUGACGAUUUGUUGUUUGUGUGGCAAGGUGAUGAACAGUCUGCUUAUGAUUUUGUAAAUUGGUUAAACACCAAUGAGGUGGGCCUAUGGUUCACCCACGAAUAUCACAGAGAUACCAUUAAUUUUUUGUAUUUGAGUCUGAGGGGUCUGCCUAGUGGUAGGAUUGAGAAAGGGAUGUAUCGUAAGCCUAUUGCUUGGAAUACUUUACUGAAUGCUAAGAGCUGCCACCCUAACCAUGUUCCAUAUGCUGUGGCUAAGGGACAGUUCAUACGCACUAAGAGAAAUUGCACAGAUACCCAGAAAUAUAAACAAGAAGCAAACAAUUUGAGCAGUAGACUUCUAGAAAGGGGUUACAAGAGGUCUGUUGUAAACAAAGCUAGAUCUGAAGUGGACAAAUUGGAUAGAAAAGUAUUGUUGCAAGAAAAUUGUUCGAAGAAUAACAAAACUUUUGAGGGUGUAACAUUUAUUACCAACUAUAGCGCCCAAUAUAAUACCAUUUGUGAGAUUAUAUGUAAACACUUCAAAGUUUUGAUAGCAGAUGAUUUAUUGGUCCCCACAGUGGAAAAAGGCAUAAGAUGUGCCUAUAGGAAAGCAAAGACUUUGGGUAAUAUGGUGGCUCCAUCAGAAGUAAUUAAACUCAUCCAAGCUAAACAUACAUGGUUACAACAUAAGGAUCUAGCUAUUUUGACAAGCCUGGAGGGAUCCAGCACCGAUGCAGACCUGCCUUUGCAGGAUGUUGAUAUUGAUGUAAAAACAUGUGUGAUGGAGGAGGAAGUGGCCCCCUUGGAGUCUGAUGCUAACAUCAUGGAGAGAUCCAAACGUUUUUCUGGGGCUACAGGGAGGUUUGAUGAAGAGGAAAAUCUAUCAGGAAAGAAGAGGAGGACAGCAGUUGCAUCAGCUGGUGAUACAGUGGUUGUCUGUGACCCCUCUAUUAGUUCUACACUGACUUCUAUAUCUGUCUCUAUCCCUUCCCCUGCAGUAUCAUCUGCUGCUGGGGCCUUUCCUGUAGCUGCUGAUUUUCUGCCUAUUUACUCUAUCCCUGUCACUAGUUCUUCUCCCGGUCCUAUUUUUUCUGCCCCUGUCUCCCUUCCUAGUCUUGUCACUUCUGCUUAUGUCUCUUUCCCUUAUCUGCCUCUAACUUUAAAGCCUCUUGAUUUUCCCACCCGCUUUUCUUUCCCUACUGGGGCCGGUCUGUCCCUCUCUGCCCCUAGCUUUUUUCCUCCUCAGUCGCUGGGGGCAUCAUUUGCCUCUGACCCUGGGAGGAAGCCAGCAGACGAUCUGCUGCUGCAAUCACAGCGGAGCCCGGUGAGAUCCCCUUCACCUGCGGUUAUCUUCUGGCCGCAUGGCAUGGAGGGUGGCCCUGGUGCUCCGUUUAUGGAGCCACAUGGCCUCCGGCGUCUCCCUUCUCCUGUGCCUGGUCCCGCGCGCGCCUGGCUUAGCUCCGCCCACCUCUGUCCCGGCCGCCAUUUUGGUUCCGGGGGCAUUGAGCAAUCAGCAUGUGGAUGCGGCGGCUGAGGCAGGCGUUAGCAUGGGUCCGGUCGCAGGAGAAGCAGGACCUGCUAAGGUAAAGGGAGCACCCCAAAGCAGCAGGGGGUCCCACGGGUCUCUUACCCGUCCCGAAGGGGGGAGGAAUCUGGUUAAUGAUAGGGGGGGGGCGGGGUCGGGGUAAUAAAGGGGGUGGGAGAGCUGUGAAGGCUGUCGCAGGCCGUAAAACUGCUUUUCCAGGCGUAGAUAAGCCUGUUUUCCCUAGACAACGACCAUUUAAAGGGACAGUAGGAACAUUUGUAAGAGCUGUGAGGGAUGUCGCAGGUGAAAAAAAUACUUUAACAAGCGUAGAUAGGGCUGUUCCCCAUAGGCAACGAACACUUACAGGGCCAGUAGGAACAUUGAUAAGAGCUGUGAGGGGUGUCGCAGGUAGAAAAAAUGCUUUACCAGGCGUAGAUAAGCCUGUUUCCCCUAGGCAACGAACACUUAAAGGGCCAGUAGGAACAUUGAUAAGAGCUGUGGGGGGUGUCACAGGUAGAAAAAAUGCUUUACCAGGCGUAGAUAAGCCUGUUUCCCCUAGACAACGAGCAUUUAAAGGGCCAGUAGGAUCAUUGUUAACGCUUAAUAGAGGAUUCGCACACAUUAGGCUAGGGCAUAUGCAUUUAAGGUCUAGCUUUAGGAAAAGGCUGUUAGCUAGGAAUAUGGUUGGGGAUCAAAAUGUUGGGGCCAGGUUUACUGAGGUGGAGGCUGGGGGGUCCGUUGGGACACCUGUUUCUGUCUGUGGUGCUCCCUCUGUCUUUUCUGUUUCACAGGUUGAAAAUAAUAGGAGUGCAAUGGGGGCGUCGGAAGGCAGUCCAGCGGCCGGUGAGCUGGUUAUGGUGGGUGCAUUUGAAUCCUCGCAGACCGGGAUGGCGGCAGCCGGAGUGGUAUCGGGAGCUGGAAACGGUGAGCUUGCACUUUCACAGCACACUAGCAGGGUUUUGCGGGAAAGGGCUCACACACCAAUGAAACUUGGGGCAAUUUUCGGAGCGCUUAGGGAUUACCCUGAUAGGGAGAUGGCGGAAUUUUUACAGGCAGGUUUAGCUUAUGGUUUUAGAAUACCAGUUAGGAAAUUAGUUUGCCCCCCAUUUGCGGUUCGCAAUUUAAAAUCAGCGUGCCAGUUUCCGGAAGUCUUGCAAGAAACGAUAGAUAAGGAGGUUAGAUUAGGUAGAAUGGCGGGACCUUUUUUGUCCCCUCCGCUGGAAAAUUUGGUGGUGUCCCCAUUGGGCAUUGUGCCCAAGAAGGAACCGGGGAAGUUUAGACUAAUUCAGCAUCUGUCACACCCGAAAGGGAAUUCGGUGAAUGAUGCGCUGGAUGAGGCUGACACGUCAGUGGCCUAUCAAUCCUUUGAAUCGGCAUUAGCUAUUGUAAGGAGUUUAGGGGGGAAGGCAGAGAUGGCUAAAGUGGACAUCGAAUCUGCAUUUCGGCUUUUACCGAUACAUCCAGAUAGUUUUCAUUUGAUGGGUUGCAGGGCGGGGGGACGGUACUAUGUGGACCGCUGCCUGCCGAUGGGAUGUGCCAUCUCUUGUGCAUAUUUUGAACGCUUUAGUUCAUUUCUUCAUUGGGCAGUAGUACGCAGGUCUGGCCUAGGUCAGGCGGCUCAUUACCUGGACGACUUUCUGUUCUUAGGGUCUGCCGGGUCUGGCGAAUGCGCUUACAUCUUAGGGACGAUGCAAUCUCUGAUGGCAGAGUUUGGGGUUCCUUUAGCUAGUGAAAAAACGGAGGGUCCAUCUACAUGCCUGGUUUUCCUGGGCAUUGAGGUGGAUACAGUGGCUAAGGAGUGUAGACUUCCGCUGGAGAAGAUCCGGGCUGCCAAUGCGUGCAUUUCGGUUUUCCUGGAGACAGGUCAUGCUACCUUAAGAGAGUUUCAAUCAUUGUUGGGUACGCUAAAUUUUGCUACUAGAGUCAUGCCUAUGGGUAAGGUAUUUAACCGUAGGAUGGAGGCUGCUACAAGGGGUUUAACCCACCCGAGGGCACGUAUCAGGUUAUCUAAGGCAAUGAUUGCUGAUUUGCGUGUAUGGUUGUGCUUUUUGAAAGACUUUAAUGGGGUUAGGAUCUGGAGGGCUCCUCCGGUUUCCAGUAGAGGGUUACAUCUGUACACGGACGCUGCGGGUAGUGCAGGUUUUGGGGCAUAUUUUGAUGGCAUGUGGUGUUCUUCACCUUGGCCGCAGGAUUGGUGCAGCGCAGGUUUAGUUAGGAAUUUGACCCUCUUGGAGUUAUUCCCUAUCUUAGUUGCUGUUGAGUUAUGGUGGGAAAAGUUACAGAAUAGAGCGGUAGUUUUUUGGUGCGACAAUCAAAGCGUGGUUUAUGCUAUUAAUGGGCUUUCCGCUAGUUCUCCACCCGUGGUGAAUGUUCUAAGGCAGUUAGUGCUUAGAUGUUGAGGCAUAACAUUGUGUUUAGCGCUAGGCAUGUCCCAGGGGUUCAGAAUGAGAUUGCCGAUGCUCUUUCUCGGUUUAAGUGGGAGAAGUUUUGGGAACUAGCACCAGAGGCAGAGGUCAGGGGUAAUGAGUGUCCAACAUAUCUCUGGCAGGUGGUGAGUGCGGGGGAGCUGUGCUAAGGCUGUUGAAGGGUGUGCUAGUACCUAGGUCUGGGUGGACAUACAGUGUAGCUUGGCGUGAGUGGGGUACCUUUUAAAAGCUCUUUGAAGUGAUUGGGUAGGGUAAUACUAAACUUCUCUGGGAACAGGUUUAGUGAGGGGACACGUUAGAUUAGUUGAACAGGCAGUUCCAGUGUUUGUGGAUAGAUCUAAAACAGAGCAGGUGAGGAGGGUGGAUGGUCCAAUUUGCAAUCGCAGGCGGGGCCAUCAAUAUGCGCAGUUUUGUUUAAAAAAAAAAAAGAGAGGCAAUCAGGCAGGGGGUAGAUGGGUGGUUCUAGUGCAAGGGGAUGGGUUCCUUUUAUCAUCAGUUUCAGGUUAAAAAACGGAGGGGGAGAUCAAGGCUAUGGGGCGUUGGUCUGAGGGGCAGUUGAAGAAAUAUAUCAGGCCUUUGAAGCAGUGGUAGGUUGGAGGGAGCGCUAGUGGUUUAUCAAAGGUUAGCGGUUGUGAUGCUUUAGAAUUUGGGGUGGCCUGGACCCUAUUGGUGGUUGGUGGUUUUGCAGGUCAGAAGAUGGGAUGCAGAAGAAUUUGGAUGGUGGGCCACUCAUAUAAGUUGGGAGGCCAUUCGGGCAGCAUCCCUGACAGUGGUCAGCAGUUAGGUUUAUUGGCUGAAGAAGUGUCAAUUAGGUGGUUGGUUUGGAGGGGCGUGUUGUGGUAACAUCUGCCCGAGUUGGUUUCUGAAGCCAGAAGGUGAUGGGGCAGGCCUCAUGUUAGGCUCCUAAAGGGUUUCCGAUUGAGGAGGAAACUACAUGGGGUGGUCAGUAAGAAGGUGCUGACCUCAAGGGGGAAGGUGGUUAUGCAUGACAAUAGUCGUAUUGAUCAUGGUGGAUUGUUUAGAGGAAUUAAUUGGUUCCUGGAAAAUAUUAGGCAGGUCCUGGCUUCAGGUGAGGAUUGGUGGGACAAGAGUACCGUGUCCUCUUUUGGGGUGGCGGAAAGGGGUGUGGCAACAAGGAUAUUUCUUAGGACAAAGAUAGAGGGAAGGGACAGUGAGCGUUGAGGACCCUAGUCGCUGAGGGGCUAGGGAUUGGUCGGCUCGCUGGGCGAUCUUCCUUGAGCGAACAAGUAGGCGGAAUGAGGGCGUCCUCAUUCCCAGGGCGGCCACACCCCUUAGUGGGUUGUUAGGACAGGGUAUCUUGCCAGCUAGUAGCAGUUGUUAUUUAUUCAAUUAGUUAAUUCUGUUAAUAAAGCAACCCCUCCCCCCGUUGGGGGAGGUUGGUUUUUUCUUCCCAA